GAUUCAAGUGAACCAGAGGAUUUAGAUGAAACAAAUAAUAAUACAACAACUUACGAAUUAGUUCAAUCAGAUAUUAUUAUUCCAAUUUAUAUUCAAAAAAAAAUAUAUAAAUAUUUAUUAUUGUUUGAAAAAGGAGAUCAUGAAUCAUAUAAAGGCCAUCAAAAAGUUGUAGAGAAAUUUUCAAUGUUAUCUUGGGAAUGGUUUAAUUUUUUAAGUUGCAAGGUUAAUCAGACUUUAAUUAUAUCAGAUCACGAUCGAUUUAAACCAUUAACAUCCAAAGACAACAAAAAUAAAUUUUUAUUAAGAAAACCAGACUCAAUUAAAUAUUUAAAAUUGGUAACAUUAUCAAAAAUCAACAUUUCGAAAAUCAAUGAAACAUUAAAAUGUUUAAAGAAUUUAAAAUGGAUCACAUCCGAACACAACUGCUCCUCAUUUAACCAGAUUAACCACGAAAGUUUUAGAAUCAAUAGUUUGUUUUUAUACGAGUAUUCAAGUGUCCAAGAUGUCCAUCCUUACAUUAAAAGAAUCGAUCAUGUCCAAAUUCCAUGUAAGAUAGAAAGUGGAAAAUUAAUAGAUUCAUUUUCAAGAGCUAAAAUCUAUGGAUUUACAACUCUUUUAAAACAAAAUACCUAUCAAUAUACAAUUACAAAGUUUCCAUGGAAAGAACUAUACCAGUUAAAAAAAUUAGUUCCCAACACAGAUAAAGUAACAAAAGACGAGCAAGAUAUGGUCGAGGUUAAUGAUAAUAGAUUGGUUUGGUUAAAAAACUUAAAAUUCAAUGUUAUAAAUGUAAAAACAUUAUAUCAAUUUUUAAAAUCAUCACCAAAGUUAAAAGAUAUUUCUUUUUCAAUUUGCUUUCACAAUUUAAUUUACAAUUUAAAUAAAAGAUACAACUCGAGUUUUGGUCUAGAUGCUACCCCAAUGGUACCUUGCAACUGCUCAGAUUCAUUCGAAAAGUGUACAAUGGAUGAGGAAGAUUCAAAACCACACUCAUACAGCUUGGAUGAAUUGGAGAUAUUCUCAUAUUAUUGGGACCAAAUAAUAUCAAUUUUAUCAAACCACAAAUACUUAACAACAUUAGAAAUAAAAAACAUGUGUUCCAGAAGAGUUUCUCUCGAUAUUUACACAACCACAAAUCACAACCCUCCAGUUCAAAAACCCACAAAUGAACAAAAUCAAUAUUUCUACCAAUCAAUUAGUAAUAUCUUUUCAAACAACAAAUCAAUCAAAAAAUUAUCUUUAGAUUUUUUUAGUUCUGAUAAAAUUCAAAUUAUAAAUUCAAUUUUAGAGAAUAGUAACCAUACAAUUGAAAACUUUAUGUUUUCUUUUUCACAAGGCUCCCCAACUAUUGCAAAUUUAAAA